GAAUAUGUAACGCAUAUGGCAAUGAAAGCGUGUUUUGUUUUAAAGCCAAGGAAAAUAUCCAGGAGAUGAAGAAGGAGCUCGAUUCGCUGUUGCUGACAGCUGAGAAGGCGUUCACGGUGGAGCUGCUGAAGAUGCCGGUUGCCAUCAGGAAGAUGAAAAGAAAAGACUUGCUCAAUUUACAAGGAGGGGAGGAAGUGGCUCUUGCUGCUGCAGUGACUGACUGCUCUCUAGAAGACAUACCAAACCCAAAAUUAGUGAGGACUAACAGCAAAAAAGUUAAGGUAACGACAAUUGUUGAAUAUGAAGAUGCCAAGCAUAUUUCUGCAAAGAAAAUAUCUAAAAAAGUUUCCAAAACAAAGUCAUUGGUUUCACUGGCCUCUGGUUUAAACAGCAAACUGAACCCUCUUUCUAGGUCUAUUCACUCUUCUGCAAGUGUGACUGAGGCCAGUAAGUCUCUUGCUUCUGAUUGCAGCACCACAAAUCUCAAAGCCACACCAAAGUUAUCUAAAAGUGCUGGACUACAACAGAUUGUCUCAAGAACUGUACCUACCAGGGGAAGAGUUCAAGGCAUUUUACAAAGAAGUAAAUCAGUACCCCAAGACAAAAGUGUUCCAUUUGUAAACAUUCCCCUGGCUGAUGGACAGACACUCUGUACGGCUGGUGGAGACCUCCAUAAUAUUGAUGUGCAACUGCUAAAUCAAGAUACAGUACAGCAUAUUCAUAACUUAGUGAGUGAGCUGACUGUACUAUGUGGAAAGGCAACAGCUAAACCAAGUUAAUGGACUGUCUUGUGACUACAGAAUAUUCAUGACAGCACUUCCUUGCUGCCUCUGAAGUGUUCAGAGAAUGUCUAUAGUGUCUUAAUAAAGCUGUAUACUGCCCAGUAAAUGUUUUCAUAUAAAAGCUU